CUAGCCUUGCAUAUCCUGCUAUAGGUCAGCAUCAGUCCGAUGGCAUCUCUCUCCUAAAGGUUCUGUUUAGCGGGGUGGCAAGUACGGGAGCUGCCCUAAAACUGACCUGCAGGGCAGGCCCAGGCCAGCUCUCCCGAAGGCUCCCUGCCUGGCCCCUGAGCCGGUCCCACUGGUGUGGAGCACCCAGGCUGGCCCCUGGGGCAGCUCUGCUUAGGAAGGCAGGCAGGGCCAGGCGCAGGCCGAAAACCGAACCGGCUGCCCCAACUUCCUCUCUUCUCGCACCGCCCCCUCCACCCGCCCUCCUCUGCCUAGCGUGGGGGAUGUUUUCCAUUGCCUGGCAUACAAGUUCCAUCCUGCUGUUUCCUCCUGUUUUCCGGAGUUAAACUUUUCUGGGGACACACCACCAGCCCCAGGCCCUGAUCCUGUGCAGAAAAAAGCAGGAGGGAGCCCGAGGAGGGAACCACAGCCAGAGGAGGGCAUUUCGGGCGGGGCUGCUGCUUCUCCCGCGGCCCGCUCAGCAGGCCCACACUCAGAUGUCUGCCGCACCACUCCGAGCGCCCAGCCCCGUGGCGGCCAAAGCCGCUGCUGCCUGACGCUGACCCCAGGCCUUUGUUGCGUGAUCUUUACAGGAAGGAGAAUCACCCCACUCGCCUCAACUCUGGGAGCCACCCUGAAGACUUAAUAGGAUGAGAAAACUGAGGCCUAGAGAAAGUCAUGAAGGACGUUGAGUCAGGAUCUCCUAAACCAGAGAGAGGCAGCUGGUGAAGCAUUUGGUGAAGGGCAGCAAGUCAGGAUCUCCUAAACCAGAGACGGGCAAUGUAAAGCACGUGACGCAUAGUAGGAGCUCAGUGAACAGUGGCUACCAUCGCUCCCCCCAGGGCCCAGGGCUCCCCCAGUCUCCUUCCUUUCUCACCAGCCUGGCCACACAAAAUCCCCUCUAUCCUUGUUCUCAGAAGCAAAGGGAGGACCAGGCCGGCCACCCCGGAGGAUAAAAUGGCAAGACUGUGCGCUGCCUUCAGAUGCCCACGAGCCUGUGCUUCCUAGUCCUGUCUCUACCCCUAUAGCUGGUCCCCCAACUGAUCUAUCACAAUGGCAGCCCUGAUCGCCGAGAACUUCCGGUUCCUAUCACUCUUCUUCAAGAGCAAGGAUGUGAUGAUUUUCAAUGGGCUGGUGGCACUGGGCACGGUGGGCAGCCAGGAGCUGUUCAGUGUGGUGGCUUUCCACUGUCCUUGCUCACCAGCCCGGAACUACCUGUAUGGGCUGACGGCCAUCGGUGUGCCCGCCCUGGCACUCUUCCUCAUUGGUGUCAUCCUCAACAAUCACACCUGGAAUCUAGUUGCUGAAUGCCAGUACCGGAGGACCAAGAACUGCUCGGCUGCUCCCACCUUCCUCCUCCUAAGCUCCAUCCUGGGCCGCGCGGCUGUGGCCCCUGUCACCUGGUCUGUCAUCUCCUUGCUGCGUGGUGAGGCCUAUGUCUGUGCUCUCAGUGAAUUCGUGGACCCCUCCUCACUCAAGGCUGAGGAAGAGGGCUUCCCACCAGAACAUUCCACAGAAAUCCUGGCCAGGUUCCCUUGCGGGGAGGGCCCUGCCAACCUGUCAGGCUUCCGGGAGGAAGUCAGCCGCAGGCUCAAGUAUGAGUCCCAGCUCUUUGGGUGGCUGCUCAUCGGCGUGGUGGCCAUCCUGGUGUUCCUGACCAAAUGCCUCAAGCAUUACUGCUCACCGCUCAGCUACCGCCAGGAGGCCUACUGGACACAGUAUCGAGACAGCGAGGACCAGCUCUUCCAGCGCACCGCCGAGGUGCACUCGCGGGUGCUGGCUGCCAACAACGUGCGCCGCUUCUUCGGUUUCGUGGCGCUCAACAAGGACGAGGAGGAGCUGGUUGCCAAGUUCUCGGUGCAAGGCACACAGCCGCGGCCACAGUGGAACGCCAUCACCGGUGUCUAUUUGUACCGCGAGAAUCAGGGCCUCCCACUCUACAGCCGCCUGCACAAGUGGGCCCAGGGUCUGACGGGCAACGGCACGGGCCCAGACAACAUGGAGAUGGCCCUGCUCGUCUCCUAAGGGUCCUGUUCCCGCGCCCUUUGCAAAUAACAGUCCUUGGUCCUAAACUGAACCCCACAGUCUGCUCACAUCAGCACAUCGGCAGGGGACUUUUUAAAACCAUAGUUUUAAAAAAAAAAAAAAAACAGGCCAAGAGAAAGAAACAAAGUAAUCUAGGUGCAGAGAGGAGAGCCGGUAGACAAGGUGGCCAGCUCAGACCUGAAGAAUUCCCCUCUCCUGUUGCCACCUGCUACCUGGUCAACAGCUCUGGGGAAAAGAACCUUUCCCAGAAUUAACCCUUAACUAUGAUAUGAAUGGCCUUUUACUGUUGGGACUCCAAGGCUGAGAAGCCCUGGCGAGCAGAGCCAGAUGACAAUGAAAUUCACAGUAGGCUACCUGUAUAGGAUAUCACUCAGUUAAUUUGUUAUUGCAUAUGUUAUUGUCUAAUUGCAUAUGGACACCCAGUUCAGUGGUGCUCAGCUGGGAAGCUGACCCCAAUGUAUGCCACUGGCUUUAUUUCAUAUGUUUACCUUUUUAAUAAAGCUUUUCUAAAAAUC